AUGGCUAUUAGCGAGUGCCUUUGCGGUAACAUCAAGGUCGAAAUCUCGGGCCCUCCUGUUGCCGCACAGGCUGUUUGUCACUGCAGUGAUUGUCGCAAAAUAUCCGGAAGUGCCUUUGGCUUUAACUGGGUUGUCUCGCAAAACGCCGUCAAAAUUACAGGUGAACCCAAGACAUUCAAGACCACUGCAAACAGUGGAAAUCUAGUCACAAGUCACUUCUGUGGUAACUGUGGUGUAAAUCUGUGGCGAGACGGCCCAGCAACCAAGGGACUCAUGUACCUGAAGGCUGGUACUUUGAGUGACCACAAGGACCAGAACACUCCUCAUCCUGUUGCUGAGAUUUUUGUGUCUCGACGCUUGAACUGGGUAUCUGCUGUCCCCAACGCCGGGCAAAAGAUGGAGAUGGAGUAA